GUUUAUACACACACGUGGGCUGUGUGUGUGUUUGUGUGUAUUUGAGUUUAAGACACAUGUAGUAGUAAAUCCAGCAUCAUGUCAUCCAGUAAGAAAAGCAAAGGGAAAAAGCGGAUGAGUGAAGGAGAAACGGAGAAAGCCGGUGAUGAAGCGGAGGGAAACGGCGGACUGACGGUUACUGACUUCAUAGACAGAGCGGAAGAUAAAUCUCCUGCGCGCUGGCGCUCGUAUCUGGCUCAGAUGAGUGUGAACACUAUGAAGAAUCUCAACAUCUGCAUCGGACGCCCUGUGCUGAUCUCCAGCAGCAGCGGACGGCAGGAGGUGUGUGUGGCGUGGCCAGUGUGUCAGUUUCCCUCUCGGCGUGUGGGUCUGCAGUCUAGUGUCCAGCAGAGUCUGUGUGUGCGUGCUGGAGCUGCUGUCAGUCUGCUGCCCAUCACUGGAGCUCUGCUGCAGGCCACACACGUACAGCUCAGACUCGGGCCUGAAGAUAAAGUGCUGAACACUGAAGACUUCAGGAGUUAUCUGCUGCGGAUGCUGGAGGGUCGUGUCCUGCUGCCGGGCGGCUCCGUGUCUGUCUCGUAUUUUGGCCGUCUCUGUGAGCUUAGGGUGGAUUCAGUGCAGGGUGUGGAUGGAGAAACUCAGUGUUCAGAUGGAGUCACUCGAGAUCUGUCCUCACAGCUCCAGCAGCUCUCCAUCUGCACACCUCAAGACGAUGACCUUUCACCCUUAACACCUCUGACUCCUUCUACACCUGGAGAUCUGAGCGAUUCGUCCUUCACCUCUGCUGGGUCUCCGUCUGCGGGAGGCCGGUCCGCCGCCGGCUCCUUCUACAGCGUCUGCAGCUCCACCAAUCUGAGCCUGUCUGAGGUGGACCUGCGGGACGAGCAGGAUCAGGGCUCAAAGGUCACCUACAGUAUGAUCGGAGGCCUCAGAGGUCAGCUGGAGGUCAUCAGAGAGACCAUCGAACUGCCGCUCAAACACCCAGAACUCUUCAAGAGCUACGGAAUCCCGCCUCCUCGAGGAGUGCUGCUGUAUGGGCCGCCCGGCACAGGCAAGACUCUGAUUGGCCGAGCAGUAGCCAAUGAGGUUGGAGCUCACAUGAGCGUCAUCAACGGCCCCGAGAUCAUGAGCAAGUUUUAUGGAGAAACUGAAGCCAGACUGAGGCAGAUUUUCUCUGAGGCGGCGCAGAGGCAGCCGUCCAUCAUCUUCAUCGAUGAGUUAGAUGCUCUGUGUCCUAAAAGAGAAGGAGCUCAAAAUGAGGUGGAGAAGCGGGUGGUGGCCACGCUCCUCACACUCAUGGACGGUAUCGGCUCGGAGGGUCACAGCGGGCAGCUGCUGGUUCUGGGAGCCACCAAUCGUCCUCACGCUCUGGAUCCUGCGCUGAGGAGACCCGGACGCUUUGAUAAGGAGCUGGAGAUCGGCGUUCCUAAUGCGGACGGGCGGAGGGAUAUCCUGCAGACUCUGCUGCGCUCCGUGCCUUGUGACGCCACGCAUGAGGAGCUGCAGGAGCUGGCAGAUGCGGCGCACGGGUACGUGGGUGCAGACCUCGCUGCGGUCUGCAAAGAAGCCGGUCUUCACGCUCUCAGGAGGGUUUUAGGCUCCAGAUCCGCUCUCUCUGAUGUCCAGGUGAUGGACAGGGUGAAGGUCACGACCUCUGACCUCAGGCUGGCCAUGACAGAGGUCAAACCCAGUGCAAUGAGAGAGGUGGCCAUCGACGUGCCAAAGGUUCAGUGGAGUGAUAUUGGUGGUCUGGAGCAGGUGAAGCAGGCGCUGAAGCAGGCAGUGGAGUGGCCUCUCCGUCACCCAGAGGUCUUCACCCGGUUGGGAAUAACGCCCCCUAAAGGUGUGCUGCUGUACGGACCGCCGGGAUGCUCCAAAACCAUGAUCGCUAAAGCACUGGCCAACGAGAGCCAGCUCAACUUCCUCUCCAUCAAGGGUCCAGAGUUACUGAGUAAAUAUGUGGGAGAAUCAGAGCGAGCAGUUCGAGAGGUCUUCCGGAAGGCCAGAACUGUUGCUCCGUCUAUUGUUUUCUUUGACGAGAUCGACGCUUUAGCAGUGGCAAGAGGAAGGUCUUCGCAGGCGGGUGGUGUUGCUGAUCGAGUGUUGGCUCAGCUGCUGACGGAGAUGGACGGGGUCGAACAACUCAAAGACGUCACAGUUCUGGCUGCAACCAACAGACCUGAUAUGAUUGACAAGGCUCUGAUGCGUCCCGGCCGUCUGGACCGCAUUAUUUUCGUUCCUCUUCCAGACGCAGACACCCGGCGGGCGAUCUUCAUGCUGCAGUUUCGGCACAUGCCCAUCCAUCCCAGCGUGCACCUGGAGGAUCUGGUGACCCGCACCGAGCGCUACUCAGGGGCAGAGGUGACAGCGGUGUGCAGAGAAGCGGCUCUACAGGCGUUGCAGGAGAGCAUCUCAGCUGAACAGGUGAAGGACACACACUUCCAGAACGCGCUGAACAUCAUCACACCCCGAAUCCCCGAGUCCCUCCUGCAGACCUACAGCAGAUACCAGCAACAGCAACGCGCACACACACAACCAUAAACACACACACACACACAACCAUCACAUCCCCAAUCCCUACAGCAGAUAGCAGCAGCGCACGCACACAUACACACACACAACCAUAACACCCAGAGUCCCUACAGCAGAUACCAGCAGCAGCAACGCGCACACACGCAACCAUAAACACACACACAACCAUCACAUCCCCAAUCCCUACAGCAGGUAGCAGCAGCAGCAAUGCGCACACACAACCAUAAACACACACACAACCAUAACACCCAGAGUCCCUACAGCAGAUACCAGCAGCAACAGACGCACACACACACACACACACACACACACAACCAUCACACCCAGAGUCCCUUACAGCAGAUACCAGCAGCAACAGACGCACACACACACACACACACACACAACCAUCACACCCAGAGUCCCUACAGCAGAUACCAGCAGCAACAGACGCACACACACACACACACACACACAACCAUCACACCCAGAGUCCCUACAGCAGAUACCAGCAGCAACAGACGCACACACACACACACACACACACACACACACACACAACCAUCACAAUUAGAGUCCCUACAGCAGAUACCAGCAGCAGCAGCGCAUGCGCGCACACACACACACACACACACACACACACAUCCUCCCGAAUCCCAGAGUCUAUAGCAGAUACCCAUAGCAGAUACCAGCAGCAGCACACACACUCACACAAUCUUGAAGCAUAAUAACACACACACACAAACACACACAACCAUCACACCCCGAAUCCCAGAGUCCCUUCUGCAAACCUACAGCAGAUACCAGCAGCAGCAAACACACACACACACACACACACACACACAACCAUAAACACACAACUACAUUAAAGACACAACAGGCUGCUGAUAUCUGACUGAUGUGUGUGAGACAGAGAAAGAGUGUGUGUGUAAAUGUGUUUACCUGUGUGUGUGUGCGCGUAUGCUUGUGCACGCGUGUGUGUGUGUGUGUGUGGUCAUCUGGCCUCAAAAAAGUUAUAGAUCUAUAAAAGUUUAAUUUGAUCACAAAGCAGUGUUCAAUGGUUGUGUGCAGCACUGCGUUAUUCAGCUGAAAGUGUGUGUGUGUGUGUGUGUGACGCUCCUGCAGAUCAGCUCACAGGACAACACACUGCGCAUGCUUUAAAACCCUCAGCUUUUACUCUACACUCGGUGCUUUGGUAGCAUUAUGACAGCAUGUGAAGUCAUUGGUGAUCAGCAUGCAGUGCAGCUCAGAGUUCCUCUCUACAAUCAGACAUUGUGCUGCUGUAUAAUCAUGUUGAAUACUGUACAACACUUCAAACCGUUGCUGCAUGUUGUCCUCUUAAUGUGGAUAUUUCAGAAAGUCAGAUGAUUUUAUUAUUAAGACAGCGUGUGUGUGUGUGUGUGUGUGUGUGUGUGUGUGUUGUAUAGUUCUGGAGCGUUUUCAUGCCAUCGUGACUAAUAAAACAUGCAAGUUUAAUACUAUUCAUUCCAGCAUUGCUUAUUCUCAGAUUAUCUAUCAUGUGUUUGUAUUUCCCUUUUGAUCAGAUAGAUAUAUAUCAUCGCUAUAUAUAUUUAUUAUCGUUAACGUGAUAACGAUCUCGCGAUUAUAAAAGUAUGGCUGUUAAUCUAUUCUCUAACUUGGAUUGGGAGCUGGGUCUAUGGGAGCUAGGAUGACUCUCACCUUGACAUUUUAGCGUGGAUGUAUUCCUGACCGGUGAGCCGUCUGACAAACAACUGCCCUUCUGAAUCAAAUCAGCAGGAUGCCCUACUGGAUCUUUCGCUUACUUCGAAGAUACGACUGACAACGCUUACAUGGACAUCUGUAAUCUAGAUAUUUGCCUUAAUUGACAAGACAAUAAUAUAAUGACAGUGUUUACCUGAAGUGCUUUCAUGUAAGAGUUUCCUGUCAUUUUGGGUGACUUUAACUGCAGUUCGGCAGUUUCACUUUAACUUAUGAACAUUUCAUUCAUGUCCCCGUGACAAACUGGGGCUAUGAGACACAAAUGAGGAGUAAGGACUGGUGGAAGUGUUAUGGAAUUUAAUAAUGCACGCCGAAUGGAAAUAAAAAAACUUCCGCAUUUCACAGUGUGUGUGUGUGUGUGUGUGUGUGUGGUCCUUUACUGAGAGCCCUGUGUGUGGAUCUUGUGGGAAAAUAUGACGAAAAGUCCUACAUGACGGUAAUAGUUUGAUUGCAGUGUUUUCUUCAAUAAUGCCACUAAUAUCUGCAAACUCCACAUGUCUUAAUUCCUUUCUGUUCAGUUCAGUUAGGACUUCAGAUUAGAUUAGAUUAGAUUCAACUUUAUUGUCAUCACACAUGUACAAGGCAAUGAAAUGCAGUUAGGUAGGUAAGGUCAUCAGAAAUGGCUGUCUGGAGCUGAUGUAGGCCUACAGUUCAACAUUCAUGUUCACCUGAAUAAGCAGUUAGUAAACACAAGCACAUCUUAUUGAAGAUCAUUUAUUUUCAUCAGCAGUUAUCACAGUAGAUCAGUUUCUCAAGCAGUUUGUGAUGCAUUUUGGAAACAGGAGAUGAGCCCCUGGUUUAAUGCGCCACCUGGCUCGAGAAACCCAUUCUCAAAGACUUACUUUGGUCAUUAUUUGGGUAACACACAUAUUCUGAAUGCCUUCAGCAGAAUUCAAAUGAGCCAUUUUAAUCUAGAUUAAUCUAAAUUAGCUCCACGAUUACAGUGAGAUUAAUCUAGUUAA